AAGCAAUGAAGUGUGCGUACUUUACAUGGUAUUUUACACCCACACACCUCUCAGUGGCUUCUUUAUUUCACAACAAGUUAUAAUUAACCAUAUCUCGCUCAGAUCAGGAUUUGCCAACUCAUCAUGUCAUGCUAACAGCCCAAUUACUGUACACAAACACUUUGCAUCUUCCAAAAAUAGAAGAGCCUAAAGCCUCUUAAGUUCAAACCACAUAAGUUGCUUUCCCUUCAUGCUGUCUGCGAAUAAGCAUGCAAAGUCUAAGCUAACAAGAAUCUCUAAAGACUGUAGUACAUCCAGUGCUUCAAGAGACAUGGCACAAGAGGCAGAGGAUCUUCACAUUGCAGAUGCUUUAGGUGUUCAGUUGUGCCUGGAACCAGUAGCGUUAUAGUAGAUACCAUAUAUCCAAUAUGGGUGACCUGGUGGGACUGGACACCCUGGUGGCCAACACGGCAUACUUGAAGGCUCAGAACAUAGACCUGAAUGAGCUGAGGAAGCUGAGACUCUCCCUGACGCUGCCCAAACCAAACAAGUCCUCUGCUCUUCUGUCGACAGUGGGAAUGAAGUACGAGUCCCUGUGCGAGCAUCAGCCUAUUGGGAGGAAGUUGUUCCAGCAGUUUCUCCUGGUCUCUAACCCACAGUAUGUGGCUGCUGCUGAGUUUCUGGAGGAGUUGACUCACUGGAGCUUUGCUGAGGGUGAGACCAGGGAGGAGGCCAAACGGAGCAUCCUUACUAAGUUCUGUCAACCUGAGUCCAAGAGUUUUCUCUCCUACCUCACGGGAGGGGAAGCUGAAAAAUGGAAGGAUGUAUCAGACAAAAACUUCAAUGAGGUGACAAUGGACCAAAUGAAAGAAACCACAAUGGACUUCCUGAGGGGGGAACCUUUCUCAGAGUAUCUAAAAAGUCCCUUUUUUUAUAGGUUCUUGCAGUGGAAGGAGUACGAGAAGCAGAAGAUCACGAACAAAUACUUUUAUGAAUUUAGAACUUUAGGAAAAGGUGGCUUUGGAGAGGUGUGUGCUGUGCAGGUGAAAUACACAGGCCAGAUGUACGCCUGCAAAAAGCUGGAUAAAAGGCGCUUGAAGAAGAAAGGUGGCGAGAGGCUGGCGCUUCUGGAGAAGCAGAUACUGGAGAAGGUUAAUAGCCUCUUCGUUGUAAACCUCGCUUACGCUUUUGAUACCAAGACCCACUUGUGCCUGGUCAUGAACCUCAUGAACGGAGGAGACCUCAGUUUCCAUAUCUAUGAGCUUGGAGAGCGGGGCAUCCGUAUGGAGCGUGUUGUUUACUACAUGGCACAGAUAAUCACUGGGUUACUCCACCUGCACUCUAUGGACAUUGUGUACCGGGAUAUGAAGCCUGAGAAUGUGCUGCUAGAUGCCAAAGGACAAUGUCGGCUGUCAGAUCUCGGACUGGCUGUGGAGCUGCCAAAGGGGAAGACAAUGUGCCAGAAGGCUGGUACGUCCGGAUACAUGGCUCCUGAGAUUCUGAGGCACGAGAACUACAACAUGUCUGUGGACUGGUGGGCUGUGGGCUGCAGCAUCUACGAGAUGGUGGCUGCUCGUUUGCCUUUCAAAGACUUCAGAGAAAAGGUGCAGAAUGAGGAGGUGACUCGUCGCACUCUGGAGGACGAGUGCAAGUAUGAACACAAAGGGUUUGAUGCUCCCACCAAAGACAUCAUUAGCCGCUUUCUCAGGAAGAAGGUUCAGAAUCGUCUUGGGAGUCGUGGUGAUGACCCACGGAAACACAUAUUUUUUAAAAACAUCAAUUUCCAUCGCCUGGAGGCUGGGCUGGUGGAGCCCCCCUGGGUGCCAAAACCCAAUGUGGUCUACGCCAAGAACAUUGACAAGUUCAGAGACACCUCUGAGGUUGAGGACAUUACGUUUGAUGCCAAGGAUGAGAAAUUCUACAAGGAGUUCAGCACAGGGGCCGUCACCAUUCAGUGGCAAAAGGAAAUGAUAGAGAGUGGAGUGUUUGAUGAACUGAACAAACUCGAACUAAACAAUCACAAGACUGUGUGGGCGUCCAGGAUGUGCAUCAUUUUGUGAGCAUCGUUAUCUACUCAUCAGUACAUACAACUGGGCAAAACAUGAUUCACUUUGAAUACUUUAAAAUACAACACAAGGACUACAGUAUCUUUUUACACUUCCAGAGUGCCUGGUAUAAUACAAAAUAAAGCACCUAAAGUACCUUUUUAAACAGCUACUUGACUUCCUCAGUCUUAAUGUAUUUUCUCACAAACAGUAGUGGAGAAAGUAUUUAAUUCAAUUCAAUAAAAGUGCUACUAACGCACUGUAAACAUACUCUCUUACAAAUAAAAACUGUGAAUUGAAAAUGUUACUUGAGUAAAAGUAAAAUCAGGAACAUGUACUUAAAGUAUCAAAAGUAUUCACAGCAGACAAAUGUCUCCUGGGACUGAUAAACUAUUUUUCUUACUCAUGCGUUAAUAUAAAAGCAGGAUUUUACUCUUGCAGUUGAUUGAGGUGGAGCUCAUUCUAAUCUAAUAAUCAAGUGAUUAUCUAUAUUAUUUCUUGAUUAACUGAAUGAUUAUUUGGUUUGUAAAAAUUCUCAAAAUAGUAAGAAAUGCCUUCACAAUUACCAAGGUGACACUUUCACAGUGCUUGAUUUGUCCAACCAUCACUACAAUAUUCAUAAUGAUUAUUAACAUCUUUUGAGAGUCAGAAAAAUGUCUUACACCAUUAUCAAAAUGGUUACCAACUAAAUCAGCUAACUGAUUAAUUGACUAAUCAUUGCAGAUAUACAUAUUCAUAUUACAUAUAUUGUUGAUUAGUUUAAUUUUUGAGUUUUGAGUGCAAAAUUCUUAGUUUAUAAGGUAACUAAAGCUGGUGCAGUAAAAAAAAAAAAAAAAAUCCUAUUUCUCUCAGUACUCAGACAGUACUUCAGUAAAUGUACUCAGUCAUAAUCCACCACUGGUUACAUAAGAGGAAUCACUUUCGAAUUUUCGAUUUUACCCCUUAACACUGUAAUUUCUGAUGCUGCAGCCAAACAUGAUGAGAAACAACAAGCACCCCAUAUUUUUGUUUUCGGUCUUGAGUCCAGAUGGAAACACACUGCCGACAAAGUGCUGCAACUGCUGCUUCACACUUUGCCCUUUAUUCCUGGUGAGACAGCAGAUCCCAGCACAUUCAUAGUUUCCAUUGCAUCACUCGGCCAUUUUGGCAGGCCUAAAUGUUUACAUGUGUUUGUAAACAAGCUACAUAAUGUUUGUAUGUCAUUAAAUAGCAGCAGGAUUAUUGGAUCCGUGGGAUUUGCAGUAAUGUGCCACAUUUGUUCGAGAUUCAGAUUGAAGUCUCACAUAAAUGCCAUGAAUGCCUUUUUCUCAUGUCGAUUUGUAAUGCGUCUUCAGUGCUGCAGUAGCACACAUUAACCACUAUGUGCCACCACACACCCACUGAGUGCCUCCAACCUCCUGCAGCGCUCUUUAUCAUUGUCUCUAUUAUUCUGGCUGUGCUGCUCAGGUAUUUACAAGCACUGGAUGACUUGUUCAGGUUUAACAAGAGGAUGCAGGGAGACAAAUUGUCAUGUUUUUUUUGUUGUUGUUUUUUUUCACAAUAAAAAAAGGUGUUAACAUUGAAUUUUUGGCUUUCGCAAUGCAAUACCCUCCCAUCACUCCCUCAAAUCACCUUGUGUUUACAAGCCAUAAACAACCUGAGAAAAAGGUUAUAACGUAGCACCAACAAACAUCUAUUUAGCUUUCACAGAUGGUUAGUUCUUGCAUCCAUAUAUGGACUUCUAGUCACGUCAUAGAAUGAGAUGUUUUGUAAGGACUUUAACAUCUUAGACCUUUGGGCUACAUGGAUGCCCCAGAUGUCUUAUUUCUUACUCACAUUGUAAUUUCCACCUGUGUUGUGCUUUGUUCUACAAGUCUUAAAUGAAGAUAUAUUUUGUCAUGUGUCAUGUCUGAGUUUAACUCAUAAAGAUUUGCAUUGUCAGUACCUAACAGUGCCAGUAAUAUUUUGUAUUAUAGUAAUAAGUUGUUUUAUGGCAAUGACUUCAUUUUCUCAUAUUUUAUGUGUCAUUUGUGGCUUGUAGUUAUUUUAAAUAGUUGGUUAUUGCUGUCUUGCCUCAUGCAUGUGUCUUUCACAAUGAUGUUUUGUGCUCUUUUUGUAUGAAUUGUUUGUUGGUUGACAACGUUUUUACAAGAUGUGGUGGAAAAACC